AUGAAAGAGCUAGUAGCACACGUGCUAAGAAGACGUGAUUAUCUUACCUGCGACGACUAAUACGUGCUUAACUUAACGUUAAACUCUUUAACUUGGCAUGAAAGUCUUAGUGCAGGUGAUCUUAUAAAUUACAGCUUGCUUAAAAAUUUAUACUCAUGGGUAUAACUAUUUUUUAAGUUUGCACUUUAGUAACAUGCUAACGCACCUUUUAAUUAUGUUAUAAUUUUAACACAUUAAAUCAAUGAUUUACUAAUUAAGCUUAUAAUAGCAGUUUGAGCAAUUUAGAGUAAUAUAAUAAUAUAAUACUGCUAAAUCAAAAUUUUAAAAAAGUUUUAAAAUUCAUAAACAAAAGUUCUAAAAAAAUUUUUUUUGAAGAGUAUGAAAAAGGAGUGAGGGAAAGUAAGCUUAAAUUUAAAAAAAGCGAACACAACAAUAAGUUUGAUAAAAGAACUCUAAUCACAAACCUACUUCCUAUCACAGUUUUAGUACUUAAUUUGUCUGGUCCAUUUCUAAAAAAUUAAAAUAAGUGUCAACUAACUGUGACAAACGGAAUGACAAUUAAGUGUAACACUACAAAAACGUAUUUUUGCAGCUUAUCAUCUCACACCUGAAACUAAAAUUGUAUUUUAACGAUUAUCUUUAAAACGUUAUAAAAAUGUAGUGAUAUCUUGACGUUCUAGCUAUCGCCAAAAAUUGCAAUAUUUACAUUCUUAGCAUUUGGAAAAUUUAUAUGGUAGUGUAGUACAAUUUAUUCAUAAACGAUAAAGACACUUCAUUAUAAAAAAUUUAAUAAGAUAUUACUGUGGUGUCUAUUGUUAAUUUAAAGACAAACCAAAAAAAAAUAUUUUUUAUUUUUCUGUAUUUAGACUAAGUAGCCGCCCUCUACUGUCCACAAUGUUACGCACUUAACCUUACAUUUUUCUGUAAAUUUUUGUUUGCACUUAACCUUACAAUUACUAUAUUUUCUAUAAAUACUAUAUUUGCAAUACAUUUGCAACAUAUAAAACGUACAUUGCGGAAGUACAGCACAAAUAAUUGGUGUAUUAAGCCAUAAAAUUAAAACAAAAACGGUAAAAGUACGGCAAUAAAAACAAUGACAUUAAAAGUAAUGUAAGGCGAUAAAAAGUAAAAAUGAUCUUUGUUUCUGCAUUUUUUUUAAUAUUUAAAAUUACAUUUGUAAAACAAGGCGGUGUGUUAAGGCGAAUUUGUAAGCAUACAAAAUUGGCAAGAAAUAUUGCUUAUUAAUUAGUUUUUUAACCUGCAUUAAGUUUAAAAAUAUUUUCAAUUUAACUUUAAGGUAAAGCACGUAGCUAACGUUUGAUAUUAAAACUUAUUUAGAACGAUUGGGUGCAAAACAUUGAUGGCAACGACAAAAAACACUUUUUAAAAACGUUUUAAUUAUAAAAAAUAUUUUUAGGAAGAUUCAACACUAGAAAUUGUGGCUUCACAAGGAUCAAUCAAGCUGGCUUCAUUGAUAUUUUUGAUUCCAAAAUCGAAAAAGUGCAAGACUUGACCCAAUGUGAGAACAUCUGUUUGGAUUGGCGUUUUGGCACUUGUAGAUCAUAUACAUAUGACAAAAAGACAAAUUCUUGUUACUUGAGUCAUAAUGGUCAAAGAGCUACUGGAAGAUCAGUUUUGGAAACCAUCGACAACAACUUGGCUUAUGGGGAGUUGGAGGAUUGCGUAAAUUGUAAGUUUUGGCAAGAGUAGGGUAAGGUAGAGAAAGGCAGGGUAAGCUAAGGUACAUUAAGGAAAAGUAGGAUAAGAUAGGGUAAGUUAGAGUAAGAUAGGGUCAGCCAUUUACAAUAAGAUAGAGCAAAGUAAGACAAGAUAGGGUAAGGUAGGGUAGGGUAAAACUGUGGUUGUAUUUAUGAAAUUUUAGUUGAACUAGACUGCCGAGCCAAAUCAGUUAGGCUUAUCGGAAGUUCUUUCAAAUUGUUCAAAGGCUUUAUACGAACAAAAAAGGGAAAACAAAUUGUGUGUGAACGAAAUGUCACAAACAGUUAUGAAUUCGAAACGAUAUUUGGAUUUGAUGAAUGUGGAAUUCAAAAAAUUAAAAAGAAUCAGAAGAUCUAUAGUGGAAUGAUCAUGGUCAAGGAAGGAAGCACUGACCUGAUUACUGUGCACGACAAAAUGAUUGAGGUGAGUUUAAUUGUAUAUAACCGAGAUGGUGUUGGCUACCGAUCUUUCCUCUUUUCUCAUUGCUUACCUAAAUUGCCUUUACUUUUUUUACCAAAGUUUAUUUUAGAUAAAAUGCAAAAUUCACGAAGCCUAUCACGAUGAAGCCGCCAAAGGCCUAAAUUAUCGAAUUCAGAUUCAAGACCCAAAUGCAACUUUAUCACUAGAUUCAGAUGUUCCAAAGUCAGUGUUUGAUGAUAUUGACCAGAACGCUCAGUUCCAACUUGAUGUGUUAGACAAAAAUGGCAGAUUAGCUCAAGUUGUUGAACCUGGAGAUGAUGGAUACCUCUUGAUAACGUUAGAUGGAAUGUUGUCUUCUGAAUCUCAGUUUGUGGUCAGUGACUUGUACGCUGAAGACGAGAGUGAUGUUGUAAAGUUGAUCGAUUCUGAGGGGUAUGUCAUUGGUUUUUGGGGGUUUAUAUUGAGGUUGAUAGGUGAUUUUUAAAAGUUAAAGUUUGUGAGUAGUACUAAUAAUAAUAUUAGUUUUACGGGUUAUUUAACUAACGUGAUGAUUACACGCAAGCCUCGUAUUUUACAAAGCUUUUUAUAACAAAUUUUAGAUGUGUGGUAAACUCAACGUUAGUGACAUCACUAUCACGGCCAGCAAAUAAUCAAUUAAAAAUUGGCAUCCGAUUCAGUGGAUUUUCAGAACAAUCACAAGUAACAUAUCGGACAUUGGGAAAAAUUUGUCAUACCGACUGUGAUUUACAGUGUAACAAAGAUUAUUACAGAAGAAAUGAAAAGUAAGUGUAAGAAUAGUUGGUAAUCAAAUUUGAACUUAUAAACUCUUAAUUUUAGCUAAAUGUUCUUAAGUUUUUAAUGUUAAGCUUCAAAAAACUAAAUUUAGAAUUAUCAACCAGAUAUCAGAUGUAAAGCUACUCCAUCGAAUACGAAGACAAGCUGAUAAAGCUGUUCGUAAGUUCACGCUGGCUGAAGAUGUUUAUGGCAUUGUUAGUAAGAACACUGUCAGGUUACAAAGAAGAGAGAUCUUACCCAAUGUGCACGUUCAGUUCGACAAAAACUUUGACAAUUUAAUAGAUGAUAAAGAGCUGCAAAAUGUCAUUAAUGAAUUGGACGAAAGUAAAUCUAGUGGAAAGAAAGCAAAACAGGUAAAAUACUAUACGUAAUUGCUUUAUUUAAAAAUAGUGAAUAUAUUUAUUUAGCUAUAUUACAAUUAUAAAGAUUUUGCAAUAAGAUUUUAAUUUUUAUUUAAAAAUUAGAAUAGGUUAGAAUAGAGUGGGGUAUUACUUUAAGUUUAAGAACAGAAAGUAAACGUUGACAUUACAGCAGCAACCACUGUCUUUGGGCUGCUUCAAUGAUGACUUGAAUUGCAUGUUCACUGUCACAAUGGCCAUAUUACAAUUCUUACUAAUGAUAUCAUGUUCUUGUAUUGUUUACAGUGUUGCAAAGGUUUGUUUGAUUCAUUUUUAACGUGAUAUAGGACACUUUUAUAAAACUUUUUAAUUGUAAUUAAAAAAGAUAAAUCAAAAUAAUCAAAAUUCUACUUGUAGAUAUCAACCUUUUAAAGUGAUUUCAAAAUAAAAAUCCUUUACAGAAAUGGAUCCGCUACUACAGAAAUCGUGGUCGUCGAAUGUCCCAGAUGCCAGAUGACAUAAGUCGCUUUAGUGACGAAGUUUCAGCAGCAACAAUAUCUCAAAGUGAUCUCACGACACCAUCAGCCAUGUUGAACGAGAAUCUGAAUAGACAGCAUUCAGUUUAUGUUCCGCGAAAGGAAAAGUAA